AUGGCCUUUGCCGGUGUGCUCAGUGAUGCUGAUAUCAAGGCAGCUCUGGAUGGCUGCACAGCUGCUGAAUCCUUUGACUACAAGAAGUUCUUCAAGGCAUGUGGCCUGGCAAGCAAGUCUGCUGACGAAAUCAAGAAGGCCUUCGGCAUCAUUGACCAGGAUAACAGUGGCUUCAUUGAGGAGGAGGAGCUGAAGCUGUUCCUGCAAAACUUCUCUGCUGGUGCCAGAGCACUCACCGACAAAGAGACCAAGACUUUCCUCGCCGCUGGUGACACUGAUGGUGAUGGCAAGAUUGGAGUCGAAGAGUUUGCCUCCCUUGUAAAGGCAUAAAUUUCCAUUGACCAACAGCCACCUCUUUUCAUGGAACUGCAAACUCCUUGCAAGAUUCAGUAAUCAUCAGCUGAAAGAAUGUUUUUUAUAUCUUAUUUAUGAGUUGCCU